GUUCUCUCCCACAAGGUGAUUGUCUUUUGGUCCAUCCCCACAUGCAAUCAUUCCUAACAAACAAAAACCAUGAAGCAAACUGUGCUCAUCCAGGUUUCCAUGGAUGGGCAGAAGAAUUUUUGUUGCAUUACGGAAGGUGAGAAGGCCCGCAGAAAAGCCAUGAAGAUUGCAGUUGGCCUUCCAGGGGUGGAAUCAUCAGCUUUGAAAGGACAAAACAGUGACCAAAUAGAGGUAAAAGGAGAUAAUAUUGAUACUGUUAAACUUGCAACGUUGCUAAGGAAGAAAGUAGGGCAUGCAAGCAUAGUAAGCGUUGCAGAAGACAAGAAAGAGGAGAAGAAAGAAGAGAAAAAAAAAGACGAACCUAAGAUACAGUGCCCUUAUGGACCCCCCUACGCAUUCUAUGAGAUUAGAGACCCCUGUUAUGACACAAAUGUUUGUUCCAUCUUGUAAUUUUGUAUCAACCGGUGGAAAUAACCACAAAGAGGGAGACAGUUUGAACAGUUAAAAUAUACAUCUUCUCCGGGUCUUCAUGAUAAAUUUCCAUUUAGAUAAGAUUAAAUUUCUUUUAAGUACCCAAAAAAAAAAAAAAAAAAAA